AUGGCCCUCUCCUCCCCAGGGAGCCCCAGCCUGGAGACCAUCCACCAUGGGGACCCUGACUCCGAACCUGCCGGACAGCUGGACGGGGAACCGUGGCUGCCACCCUGUGAAAUCCGUGAGGCCAUUUCUCCUCAGCCUCCUGCCUUUGAGGCUCUGAUAGGAGAAGCUGCAGGCUUGGGUCUGGGGGACACUGGGAAGAGGGUCCCAGACCCCGAGGCAGAAUGCAGCACGGACAUCAUCCUGGUGGGCUCCAGCGAGCUGUCAUCACCCGCUUCACCCGGGCCCCGCAGAGAUCUCAUUGCAUAUGAAGUCAAGGUUAACCAGAGAGACAUAGAAGAUACGUGCAUCUGCUGUGGAAGUUUCCAGGUGCAUACACAGCACCCUCUGUUUGAGGGGGGGAUGUGCGCUCCCUGCAAGGACAAGUUCCUGAACUGCCUCUUCUUGUACGACGAUGACGGGUACCAGUCCUACUGCUCCAUCUGCUGCACGGGAGAGACACUGCUCAUCUGUGAAAACCCCGACUGCACCCGAUGCUACUGUUUCGAGUGCGUCGACACGCUGGUCAGCCCCGGGACGUCGGGGAGAAUUCAGGCCAUGAGUAACUGGGUGUGCUUCCUCUGCCUGCCCUUCCCCCAUAGCGGGCUGCUGCGCAGGCGCAGGAAGUGGCGGGCUCGGCUGAAAGCCUUCUGCGACCAAGAGUCGGAAAGUCCCCUUGAGAUGUAUAAAACUGUACCUGUGUGGAAGAGAGAGCCAGUCCGGGUGCUGUCCCUUUUCGGGGACAUCAAGAAAGAGCUAACAAGUUUAGGCUUUUUGGAAACCGGUUCUGACCCAGGGAGACUGAAACAUUUGGAUGACGUCACCGAUGUAGUGAGGAGAGAUGUGCGAGAAUGGGGCCCGUUCGACCUCGUGUAUGGCUCUACGCCCCCACUGGGUCACGCCUGUGACCAUCCGCCUGGGUGGUACCUGUUCCAGUUCCACCGCAUCCUGCAGUACUCACGGCCCCGGCUGGCCAGCCAACAGCCCUUCUUCUGGAUGUUUGUGGACAACCUGGUGCUGAGGGAAGAUGACCGGACCACAGCCACUCGCUUUCUGGAGACUGACCCCGUGACCAUCCCGGAUGCCUGCGGCAGAGCCAUCCACAAUGCCGUGCAUGUAUGGAGCAACAUCCCUGCUGUGAAAAGCAGGCACUCGGCCCUGGUUUCCGAAGAAGAACUGUCCCUGCUGGCUCAGGACAAGCAGAGAGCAAAGGCCCCCACCCAGAGGCCAGCCAACCUGGUGAAGAACUGUUUUCUUCCCCUGAGAGAAUAUUUCAAGUAUUCAACAGAACUCACUUCCUCUUUAUAA